CACAGAUGACUAAUUAUUCAAGUGAUAACUUGAAUGUUUCUCAAGUUGUUUCUUCUGUGUCCGUCUGCGUUUUUUUCUCCCUCUAGAUAGGUGUUUUAUGGCGGGGUUGGUUAAAGUUUAAUGACUUGGUGAUAGUUACAUAUUGAGCACCUUAGAAAGUCUAUUACCUAUCAACUGCUGCAGAUCGGGGCAGACGCACACAGUCAGCAGCCUGUUGCAGAGGGCCCCCAGAGAAAUCAAGGCAUUAAAUAAGGCAUUUAUUGUUUCCACGCUAUCAAGAUGGCAAAGAAGACAAUAUUUGUGGCUUUGACAGUGCUGCUGUUGGCAUCUGUCGGCACAUUCGUGGGCGUCUUCUUUGGCGUCGGAAAAAGGAAGCCACCAAGUGAGCGGGUAUACUUGAAGGCAGCUGUGGCAGCAGAUGCUGGGCCGUGUUCAGAGGUCGGCAGAGACAUACUCAUGGUAAAGGGGGGGUCUGCAGUUGAUGCCUCGAUAGCUGCUUUACUGUGUGUUGGACUUAUGAACGCUCACAGUAUGGGCAUCGGGGGAGGACUUUUCUUCACAAUCUACAACGCCACAACUGGGAAGGUUGAAACUAUUGAUGCCAGGGAGACAGCACCAGGCAAUGCAACAGAGAACAUGUUCGGGAACAGUACAGAUUUAUCCCAGAAAGGAGGGUUGUCUAUUGCUGUACCUGGGGAGAUUCGAGGUUAUGAGUUGGCCCACAGACGACAUGGCAAACUUCCUUGGAAGGACUUGUUCCAGCCGAGCAUUCAUCUUGCAGAAAACGGCUUUCCUCUGGGCAGGGCGCUUGCCUCUGCUCUGUCCAGCCACAAGGAAACAAUCAUCAGAGAUCAAGCUCUAUGUGAAGUGUUUUGUGGAGAAAAUGGUGACGUCCUAAAAGAAAAUGACACCAUCAAGUUUACAAAGCUUGGAGAAACCUAUCGGAAAAUAGCGGAAUUGGGUCCUGAUGCUUUCUAUGAGGGAUCACUGGCCCAGAACCUUGUGACUGAUAUUCAGGCAGCAGGCGGUAUCAUCACAAUGGAGGAUCUGAAGGAUUAUGUGCCUGUCUUGGAUGAGAACCCUUUAAGGGUGAACGUGGGGGAGUACACCAUGGCUGUUCCCAAUGCCCCCGCUAGCGGCCCUGUGCUCUCACUGAUAUUAAACAUCUUGAAUGGAUACAACUUCAACUCAGACAAUAUGGCAAACACAGAGAAGAAGAUCACAGCCUACCAUCGCAUCGUGGAGGCCUUCCGCUUUGCUUAUGCAAAGAGGACCUUACUUGGAGAUCCAGCAUAUCUAAACAUCACAGAUCUGAUCGUGAAUAUGACUUCGAGUUUAUAUGCCGAUGACCUCCGCAAAAAGAUCACAGAUGAAACCACACAUCACAUGAACUACUACGAGCCAGAGUUUUACCUUCCUGAGAACCACGGCACAGCACAUCUCUCUGUUGUAGCAGAAGAUGGAAGCGCCGUAGCCGCCACCAGCACCAUCAACCGAUUUUUGGGCUCCAAAGUCAUGUCAAGAUCAACAGGGAUACUUCUCAACAAUGAGAUGGAUGACUUCAGCUCUCCGCUCAUCGUUAACAGCUUUGGAGUGCCUCCUUCACCCAACAAUUUCAUCAGACCAGGAAAAAGGCCGAUGUCGUCAAUGUGUCCAACCAUCCUCUUUGACAAAAACAACAGAGUCAAGAUGGUGGUCGGAGGCUCAGGAGGAACGAAAAUUACUACUUCUAUUGCUCAGGUGAUUCUGAAUGCACUGUUCUUCGGUUACGAUCUGAACAAAGCCGUGUCAGAUCCAAGACUCCACAACCAGCUGAGCCCCAACACCACCGUGGCUGAGCCUGACUUUGACAAAAACAUCCUGGAUGGUUUGGCAUCAAAGAACCAUGAGACAGAGUUCCUCAAAUCGACAGGAGCUGUGGUGCAGGCGGUGGUUCGCUACGAUGACGGACUCCACGCUAAGUCAGAUCCUCGCAAGUGGGCGUACGCAGCUGGGUAUUGAGGUCAUAAACACACCUGUGAUUAUGCAGACUGCAGCCGUGUGAACCUUGACACCUGUGGUACGAGCUGAGAGAUUAGAGACUUAAUAAAGAGCCACCGUCGGCAACAAUGAAGUUAGAAUAAAGUUCAUGUGCUUCAUAGCAUGCUACUCAGAUAACAGAACAUUGACUUAUUGUUUGUCAUGACCUUAAAAACAAUGUGCCUCAGUCUGAAAUGAAUUCUUAAUAUUUAGUCUUAUGUCCAAUGCAUCUAUGUCCCAUCGUAGUCCUUUUUCACAGGGGACAUUUUGGCAUGUCACAGCAGGAACAACACAGGUGUGGAUAAUAAAAUGCAUGAUGGCUGAGUUCAAUUUAGCUGCUUUGAUUUCUGCAUUCUCACUCUUACUGCAGCACCUGACGAGAACAGAGCCAUCGUUAGUGUCGUUAGUAACACCUGCGCUUUUCCCACUGAGACAAGUCAAAAUGUCUGCUGUGAGAAAGACCUAUCAUUUCAUGUAAGUAGAAGACAUUAGAUGUUGUUUCAAAGACAGCUUUACACUCAGUGUUUUUUUCACACUGUCAGUCACAUGUGUACAAUUCCCCUAUUUAUGAAGCACUUUGUAAAUCAUUAGUAGUGUAAAGCUGUUUCCUGUUGUUCUUUAAAAAUAUAUGUGAUGUCUACAGUAAUCGUUAACGUCUGACCUUUUAUAUAAGCAGCAGCAACAGUACACCCCGAAAUAAAAGCAAUUAUUUUUGUUCUUGUUUGUAGUGCUAUUUAUCAGUCUGGAUUCUUUUGAUGUGCGUUGUUAAGUGUUGGAGAUAUUGGCUGUAGAAAUGUCUGCCUUCACUUUAUUUUAUAAUGGAACUAGA